GCUCACAGCUUCGACAUGGAAUCCCGCAGCAGCAUCAAGGAGGCGUUGGGCGCCAUCCAGGCGUUGGGGCGGCGAGGUGCCUGGGAAGAGGCGCUGAGGCGACUGGAUGAGGCGAAGACGUCGGUGGUGCUCUGUAACGCUUGCGCCAGCAGCUGCUCGAAAGUGAAGUGGCCUUUGGCGCUGGUUUUGAUGGACAAGGCGCGGGCUCAGGGCCUAGAGGUGACCUCGGUGACUUUGAACUGCGGCCUACAGGCGCUGGUUCACGCGCAGAAGAGCCCCACCACAUCUUGGCCGUUGUCUUUGGUACUGUUGCGGUCACAGCUCGGGGUGCAGCGUGAUACAGUCAGCUGGAACUCCGCCAGCGACGCCAUGAGCAAAGCCAACGUGGGAAGGUGGACGUUGGCCACAGAGCUGAUGUCCUGCAUGGCCACGCGAGCGGUGGAGCAGGACUCUUUCAGCGCCUCCGUGGCUGCUCGAAGCCUUGGAAACUGGCCGGAUGCGCUGCGAAUUUGCCGAGAUGCCUCCAGCAUCAUCACCUACAGCUCCGGCAUCUCGGCCUGCGACUGGCAGCAGCAACUGCAGUUGCUUUCCUUGGCCCCCACACGGCGCCUGCGGCUCGACGACCAGGCCCGCGGCGCUGCCCUACGACCGGGGGCCAGCGACGCAUCCGAGUCCGAGGAGUUCAAUCUGGGCCAGUGGCGAUCAGUGCUGCAGCUGCUGCGAGAGAUCCGCUACUCGGACCUCAUCGCGCUGAGCUCGGCGGUGGCCGCUUUGACGCAGCUGCGGCGGUGGCAAGUGGCUUUGGGUCUCUUCGAGUCGAGAGCCGGCGCCGGAACCUCGCAUGACGAGGUGCUUUUGGGCGCCGGCAUCGCCGCAUGCGCUGCUGGGGGCUUGUGGGAACUGGCGCUGAGCCUUCUGCACGGGGGAAGCCGUGCGCCAAACCUGAUCAUGUACAACGCGGCAAUCAGCGCAUGCGAAGAAGGUCUUGCCUGGGAACACGCCUUGGCCCUUUUAGAAGCCAUGCCGAAAGCCCAGCUCCUGCCGGACAUCGUGGCCCUGAGCUCCACCAUCUCUGCGCUGGGCCAGGGCCAGCGCUGGAGCGACGGCCUGGCGCUGCUUUGGCAGCUGCAGCGCUCGAUGCCGCUGAACGUGGUGGCGCUGACGGCGGCGAUCUCCGUCUGUGAGAAGUCCGGUCGAUGGACGUUAGCGCUGCAGCUCUUGGACAUGUGUGGCGAUCUGCGAUUGGAGCCCAACACGCAGAGCUUCAACAGCGCCAUCAGCGCCUGCGAGAAGGGCAGUGCUUGGCCGAAGGCGCUGGAGCUCUUGGAAGACAUGGGCCACCGAUCCCUGGUGCCCAGCGCGGUGAGCUUCUGCGCCGCCAGCAGCGCCUGCGCCAGGGCCGGCGCCUGGGAGCAGAGCGCUUCGCUGCUGCGACACGAGGAGGGCUUCGCUGGGGUGGCCGCAUGCGUGGCCAGCUGCGACUGGGCAGGGCCUCCGGCGGUGCCAAAGAUGCCGUGGCUGCUGGGCCUGGUCGACCAGGAAGCUCAAAGCUCGCCCAGCCAAGCCGCUCCUUCACAGGUCUUGGCCGUGGAGCUGUUGCACCUCCACGGCUUCCUCCCCGCUUCGCGGCUCAGCGCGUUGCGGCGGCGCCUGGCGCCGCUGCUGCGGCGCCUCCCGCUGGCCGCGGCGCCGCUGGGGGCCGAAGCGGCGGAAGCAGCGGAGUGGCGGACGAGGGACCCGCAGCUGGAGCGAGAGUCCUUCUUGGGCACCAUCCUCACCGCCCAGUUUUGCAAUCUCUCGCCGGGUUCCAGUUGGGUGCCCCGUGCCCGCGCCGGCGCGCGCCGCAAGGAGGCAGCGGAUGAGGCGGAGCCCAGCGCGAAGGCCAUCGUCGCCUGGGCGGGCGCCAGCGUCGGAGACCUGCGAAGCUCGGGACGGGUCUACGAGUGGAGCUGGCAGUGGGGCAUUGGCCCGUUGGUCCCCGUCUUCGUUGAGCACGAUCGCUCUCCUCAUGCUGAGCGGCAGGCACUUUUGUCCUUGCUGUACAGUUUGCGGACUUAGGCUGUGAAGCGAUGGCUGGGGGCGUCCGGCUCUUCACCCUCUUUGUUCGG